CUGCCAAGCCCGAAAGUCAUUUCCAAUCUCAAGUGGACUUUGUUCCAACUAUUGGGGGCGUCGCUCCCCCUCUUCAUGGUCGCGGGCAAACUUCCUCCUCGGCGCCGCUUCUAAUGGAGCCCCACCUGCUCGGGCUGCUCCUCGGCCUCCUGCUCGGUGGCACCAGGGUCCUCGCCGGCUACCCAAUUUGGUGGUCCCUGGCCCUGGGCCAGCAGUACACAUCUCUGGGCUCACAGCCCCUGCUCUGCGGCUCCAUCCCAGGCCUGGUCCCCAAGCAACUGCGCUUCUGCCGCAAUUACAUCGAGAUCAUGCCCAGCGUGGCCGAGGGCGUGAAGCUGGGCAUCCAGGAGUGCCAGCACCAGUUCCGGGGCCGUCGCUGGAACUGCACCACCAUAGACGACAGCCUGGCCAUCUUCGGGCCCGUCCUCGACAAAGCCACCCGCGAGUCGGCCUUCGUGCACGCCAUCGCCUCGGCCGGCGUGGCCUUCGCCGUCACGCGCUCCUGUGCCGAGGGCACUUCCACCAUCUGCGGCUGCGACUCGCACCAUAAGGGGCCUCCCGGCGAAGGCUGGAAGUGGGGCGGCUGCAGCGAGGAUGCCGACUUCGGGGUGCUGGUGUCCCGGGAGUUCGCAGAUGCGCGUGAGAACAGGCCGGAUGCACGCUCGGCCAUGAACAAGCACAACAACGAGGCCGGUCGCACGACCAUCCUGGACCACAUGCACCUCAAAUGCAAGUGCCAUGGGCUGUCGGGCAGCUGCGAGGUGAAGACCUGCUGGUGGGCCCAGCCUGACUUCCGUGCCAUCGGUGACUUCCUCAAGGACAAGUACGACAGUGCCUCGGAGAUGGUGGUGGAGAAGCACCGGGAGUCCCGAGGCUGGGUGGAGACCCUCCGGGCCAAGUACGCGCUCUUCAAGCCACCCACCGAGAGGGACCUGGUCUACUACGAGAACUCCCCCAACUUUUGUGAGCCCAACCCUGAGACGGGCUCUUUUGGCACAAGGGACCGGACUUGCAAUGUCACCUCCCAUGGCAUCGAUGGCUGCGAUCUGCUCUGCUGUGGCCGCGGCCACAACACGAGGACGGAGAAGCGGAAGGAGAAAUGCCACUGCAUCUUCCACUGGUGCUGCUACGUCAGCUGCCAGGAGUGCAUCCGCAUCUACGACGUGCACACCUGCAAGUAGGGAGACAGGGCGCUGGGAAGGGGUGAAGUGUGUGGCUGGGCAGAUUCAGUCCCAUGGAAAGCAGGACCUGGAGCCGGGCUCAGCCCUCAGCGUCGGACAGCAAGGGAUACGGACUGUCACCAGCUGCGUGUGGUAAAGGACCCGGACCCAGCCCACCCGUGACGGGGAGCCUCUCCUCCCUCUCUCUCAUCUUCCGUUUCUCACCCUCCUCUGGCUGGUGUGUGGUUUUUAAAGAACGGGGCUUUCUUUUUAGUUCUCCGGGGUCUGAUAGGAACAGACCUGAGGCUUAUCUUUGCACAUGUUAAAGAAAAUAAAAAUGAAAAAAAAAAAUUCUACUCCAACAGAGCAGGCUGGGCUGAUGUGAGCUCUCGGCCUGGCGGUAAAGACGUCAGCGUGGGCAAGACUUCGUUCCCAAACUGCUUCUUGUGGUGACAUUCCAGGACGCUUGUGAGGUGGGAGCUGGGAAGUAGGACGCACCCCUGCCGUCUCCUUUUCUCCGUCUACUCCCGUUCCAAUCUGAGAUACUUUCACAUUCUGAUAAAAGCCAUAGGUCUAGCCAGGAUGAAGUGGUAGGGAGGUCCACGGCAGUUGUUAGAGUAGGAUUCUGAGUUUUGAAGAACUAGCGGCGCAGGGUGGCCUGGUAAGCCGUUUGAAGAGCAGCCGUGUGUUCUUCUCAGUCCCAUUCUCUCUCUAACCCUGUUCUGCACAAGAGGCAGUCAGAUCUCAAACUCUUUUUCUACCAUUCUGCAGUUGCCACUGCUAAUGCAGUCCCUUUUUUUUUUUUUUUUCAUAGUGGACGUUGUAAAUAGGUUAAGUAUGGGGGCAAGUCUUCUCCAGCUCAAAUGGCUUCCUAGAGAAAGAAGCGGCAUCUUUGGAAGAGGCCAUUCAAUCCCUCCCAGCCCUGCUCACCUGUGGUCUCUGUAAAAGCGACUCCAGGUAGAGAAGUUGGACUCUAAGUCACCUUAGGAUAAAGUAGACAAAGGGUCAGUGAGAGAGUAGCAAUCUAUUCCUGAAAUUCCAAUUUUGUGACUAGCAGAUGGGGAGGGUGGAAACGAUCCCUUCGUGUCCUCUCUGGUCAGGACAUGUCUCCCUGCACCCUUUCCCCUCUUGGGCCCCUGUGAUUACACAGGAACGCCGGGUUCUUCACUCAACUCUUCCAGCCUCGCCUGCAUGCUGGGAUAGCAUUAACCCCUGCCGUCAUCAAGCGUCUGGAUUAGGCAUUCAGAGCGGGGCAAGCAGUCACUGCUCCCUUGGGUUAAGCAUCUCUCGCUGCUCCUGGUCCCGUCCCGUGUACUAGAGAGAGCUAGCAGCAUGGAGGUGAAUGGCUUUGGCAGGACCAAUUGACCCAACAACUUUGUCUCAAGGAGAAUCAGAAGGAAGAGAUGCAGCAGGGGAACAGAGCAGAACAAAGAUUUUUCUUUUUCUCCCUUCUCUUUGGGGUUUACCUAACCCAGACCUAAGAUACGGGGUCAGUGAUCUCCCGGCUUGUGCAGGCAGGCUUACCACGUCAGCGGCCGGGAGCCUGCCUGCACUCUCGAAUCUGCUGGCCACAGGCUCUGCUAAAGAUUCACGUCCCACUCCUCUAUGGAGUCCAAAAUGCCCCUCCCCAUCUCACCUUAGACUGCAGAGUUUUAAAUCAUUUCAACUGGAUAAUGCUUGCUUUAAGUGAGAAUACUUCAGCAGAAUGGAUACAAAUUUUCAAAACAGUCUUUUCAUAUCUAUGUAUUCUAUAUUAAAAGUGAUAAAGUCAUGUUUCUGGGGCAUAUUCAAGUAGCUGACAAGUAAUUAAUAAUAGUACAUGAGUGCAUUGUAAUUAUUCUCGCCGUAGUCAGGUAAUAGUAUCCAACAGAAAUUUCCUACCAACCUGCUGUAUCCAAAGUUUUGUAAAAAGUUGUAGAAGUUGUUGAUCUUUUUGAUUUUAUAUUCAAAAAGUCUCUUUUUAUAAAUAUUAUUUAUUAUACAAUGUAUAUACCUUUGAGUUAACUAAGAUUAUAUAUUAUAUAAAUAUAUAUAUAUUUGGAGAAAAUAUAUUUCAUCAUGCAGUUUUUUUCUGUUAAGUCAUUAAAGAGAAGGUAAAUGAAC